GACUAACCGAACCCAACCGAACAGUCCUGAUGUUGACAUUCAGUGAAUUUCACAUAAACGUGGAGUUGGGGAUGGACGAUGGCGAGUUUUUUAAUUCUCUUCAGAUAUAAACCCAACGGUGCCAGCCGUAUCAGCAUUUAGUCAAGCAUACGGCGCAAAUGGAAUCAUAGCAACCAUGGGGCUAAGUCUUCUACUACUACUUAUCAUAGUAGCCGUCCUCGGAGUGAUCUACCGACGGAUGAAAAAGCACUAUGACUACUUCCACGACAAACCGAUUCCUUCGACGGCCACCUAUCCUCUAUUCGGCAGCACAGGUCCACUCAUGUUGAAACGAUGUGCUUUCAACGAUUUCAUCCAAACAAUUUACAACAAAUAUCCGAGCGCAAAGGUGUUUGGGACGUUUGAUAUGACUACAAAAAUGUUCGUUAUCCGAGAUCCUGAUCUUAUCAAGAAAGUAACGGUGAAGGAUUUUGAUUAUUUCAUCAAUCGACGACCGCUAUUUGGAGACAGCAAAGAAGACGAUGGAAACGAAAAUAUUCUUUUUAACAAGACACUAGUAGGCAUGGUUGAUCAAAGGUGGCGAGACAUGAGAGCCAUCCUAAGCCCUGCGUUCACCGGAAGCAAAAUGCGAGCAAUGUUCGAACUGAUUGAACAAUACAGUACUCAAAUGGUAACGAUUUUGAAGGAACAAUCUCAAGAAACAAACUACGUGGAUUACGAAAUGAAGGAUUGCUUUUCAAGAAUGGCCAACGAUAUCAUAGCAACAUGUGCGUUUGGUCUACAAGUCGAAUCACUCAAAAGCCGCGAUAACGAGUUCUUCACAAUGGGAAAGCAAAUGUUGAACUUCAAUAGAUUGAUUGUGCUGAUGCGUGUACUUGGAUUGCGAUUCUUUCCUGGUUUGAUGAUUAAAUUGGGUGUCGAUAUCGUGGACAAAGAACAGAAUCAAUACUUUUCCAAGAUCAUCAAAGAAGCAGUUCGGGCUAGAGAAGCCCACGGGAUCGUUCGUCCGGAUAUGAUCCAUCUUUUGAUGCAAGCAAAGAAAGGAACCCUAAAACAUCAACAGGAAACAAUGGAAACGACCGCAGGUUUUGCAACGGUUGAAGAAUCGGGUAUUGGCAAGUCGGUUAUAAAUAGAACCAUGACAGAGCCGGAGUUCAUUGCGCAAUGCUUGGUUUUCUUCCUGGCAGGGUUUGAUACCGUUUCUACGGGAAUGGUAUUUACGGCAUAUGAACUAGCGAUGAACCCUGAUGUCCAACAAAAAUUGUACGAAGAAAUUGUUGAAACCAACAAAGAACUUCGUGGAAAGCCUCUGACAUAUGAUACUCUGCAGCAGAUGAAGUACAUGGACAUGGUCGUUUCGGAAUCCCUUAGAAUGUGGCCAGUGGCUGCUUUCGAUAGAAAAUGUGUUCGUGAUUACAUUCUGGAUGACGGUGCCGGAUUGAAGUUCACCAUCGACGAAGGAGCUUGCAUCUGGGUUCCCGUGCAUGGAAUUCAUCGCGAUCCGAAGUACUAUCCGAACCCGGAAAAGUUUGUACCAGAGCGAUUCAGUGAAGAAAACCGACAUAAUAUCGAUAUGACAAUGUACAUGCCUUUUGGUAUCGGACCGAGGAAUUGUAUUGGUUCUAGAUUCGCGUUGAUGGAAAUUAAGGCCAUCAUGUAUGCAUUGUUGUUGAAUUUCAGUUUUGAGCGAAACGAGAAAACUCCGGUGCCACUAAAGCUUGUAAAAGGGUUCACUGGUCUGGGGGUUGAAAAUGGAAUGCAUUUGAGACUGAAAAUGCGAAAGUAAUACAGGAUACAGGUAUAUUUAAUUGAUAGUUAAUAACGUUGGGAUUAUACACGGAUAUAAUAAAAUCAUAAAACAUAAAAUGUAA